AUGAACAAUAAUUGUAUCUCACUCUUCAUAGCAAUUAAAUUCCCUAUGUGUUUAGUCCGGAAUCUUCAAUGUUAUUGACUUUGCCUAUGCUUUUAUCCCAUCCAUUGUUAUUGCUACUGUGAACCAAUACCCAAUUUAGUAUCCUGACGUUAACCCAAUUUUUGCUCAAAAUUUAACACAUUGGACCAGUUAAUCUUGUGUCCUUUCACAAUCAGCUAAUAGGAAAGAUUUAAUUUAAGAGUUUAUCUUAAAAUAAUCAGCUUUCUUCCCGGUUUUUUUUCAUCCAAACUGUAAACGACUCACUCAUAUCACAACUCUCAACAGUGAACCUGAAAAAAAACAUAUCACAAUCGAAGGUUGGAUCAUUCCUUAUUUUCAUCAUAAUCUUCACCAUCACCAUCACCACUAUCACCAUUAACAUUACAGUGUCAUAAUCAACAACAAUCAACAUCUUGUCUUCUCCUUUCAUCUCUCUUAAAAAUAGUGUAUAUACUUUUGAUUUACCCUUUAUGCUCACGUCUGAUUUUAUUUUUGUUUUGUCAAUAGCAAAAGCGUAUUCCUUUUUUUUGAUGUUAGUCUGUUUUUUGGUGACUUUGUUUGAUGAUUGAUUAAUCUCGAUUAAUCCCUCUCUCUCUCCCUCUCAUCUGGACAGUUGUCAAUAGCCUACACAAUCACUUUGGUUAUUGUAAAUUAACAUUUCAAACUCUAAUCAACAAGUUGUAUUGUUUAUCUUUACCUCAUUGUGUGCCUUCUCUUGUGAUCCAACUUUAACCUUUUUUUUCUUGGUUUCUACCCAAACCUUUGCCAUCAAAUUUUUUGGACAUUCAUUGUUAAUCAGUAAAUUUUUUUACUUGUUAACCUCCAGAUUAAGCAGGAGAACAAAAUGUUUCACUGGUUAACGAAAGAGCUUGACCAUUUUCUGUCAAAAGGUGACCCCCGAGUUGCUCAUCUACCGUUAAUGCAAAGUCCUUUUCCUGUUGCAGCAAUAUGUCUUGCCUAUGUUUUAUUUGUAAAAAAAAUUGGACCCAAUUUAAUGAAAAACCGUAAACCCUUUGAGGUGCGAAUGGCCAUGAUUAUAUACAAUUUUACCAUGGUUUUGUGUUCAUCGUAUGUUGUCUAUACUGAAAUCGUCUACCAUUGGCUUCAACCGGGAGUCUCUUUAACAUGUGAUCCAGUUGACUAUUCAGUUAACCCAAUAUCAAUGAAAAUAGUGUACAAUUGUUAUUUUUACUUCUUGUUAAAAUUUGUUGAAUUUACGGACACCAUUUUCUUUGUGGUUCGUAAAAAGAAUGAGCAAAUAAGCAAUCUUCACGUUAUCCACCACGGAUUAUUACCCUUUUCCGUCUGGUGGGGAGCCAAAUUUGUCCCUGGUGGACAUGCAACCUUUUUUGGUUUCGUCAAUUCAAUUGUCCAUGUAAUUAUGUAUACAUAUUAUGGCCUGGCAGCCAUUGGACCAGUUAUGAAGCCUUACCUUUGGUGGAAAAAGUAUUUAACAAUAUUUCAAUUGGUACAAUUUGUUGCCAUCGGAAUCCAUUCAUUUCAACUAUUUUUCCAACCAAGCUGCUCAUUUCCCAAAAUUUUUGGUCUCUGGAUUGGUUCACAUGGAAUUUUAUUCUGGUUCCUUUUCACCGAUUUUUAUGAUAAAACCUACAAAAGAUUUGCAUCAUUGUCGUCAUCAAGUUCAUCUGCAAAAUCUCUUUCCUCAUCAUCAACGACUUGUUCACCAUCAAUAACAAAUCUUAGUGAUUCCAAUGGAAACAUUAAAAAAGUCAAAUAAUCAAAGGCUUUUAACCAAACCUUUUUUUUUGAGCAAUUUUUUUGCAUUUUUCUCUCUCCUCUCUUUUCCCUGACCUUUUAUCCUUCCCCAACCUCUGUCAUCUUUCCUCUUCUCUCCUCAUCUUACAGUCUCUUGUUCACCUUGUUAAUGGGUUGAUUACCAAAAUUGCGAUGACCCUGGUCUCGAUUGAUUCACCUGUUCCUUUUGGCUUACAACAAUAAUUAUCAAUAUCUUGAUAAAAACCAUUUUGAUAUGUCCUCUUCACAACCCAAUGAUACCUUUUGUCAACAACCAACUUUAAAUUGAAACAAAUACGCCAACAACAAACACAUACGAGAAUAUUAAAAACAAAAUGUUUUCUUAAUUGGCAUCUUCACCCUUUUUUGGUGACACUUUUGUUUCACCUUUACCUUUCCUCUCUCAAGGAGAGGAGGUAAAAAAACAAAAUGCGAGAAGAGAAGAGAUUUAAAGACGAAAAGAGGAGGAAGAAAAAUUUCAAAGUGAAUGGUAACCACGGAAGUGAAUAUUAAAAUUAUUUUGUCCUUUGUGGGAGUAGGUCAAGUUUCGGAUCGUUUCAAUAACACGUAACAUUUCAUCUCAUCCAUUCACUCAUAUUUAUCCUCAUCUUCAUCUUUACUCUCUUCUCUCUCUCUUUUCCCUCCUUUUCCUCGGUCCAUUCAGAAUAGCAAUGUUCAUUUAGUCCUGUAAAUCUCAAUUGUUGAAGCACUGUUUUACCCUUUCAAGUCAAUACUCUCCUUAUCGCCAUAUUUGUUUUUUUACAUUUACAUAUGAGUAUAUAUUUGCUGUGCAUCUAUUACUUUCACUUACCAAUCAAAGUUAAUUUCACUUUAAUCAAGUUAAUCAUCAACUUUUUUUUAAUAUUUAUCGCAACUUUGUUUAUAGCUUAAGGUUAUAACAUUUUGCGGUAUAAACUUGCUGUUUGGCUUUUACCUGUUUCUAACCUUUUUUAAUGUCAACGUUGACUGGUAACAGCAACAUUUUAUCAUGAUUAACAAACACCGAGUAUUUCAAUGAUUAAACACUGAUUGGAAUGAAA